AUUAUAAAGCUUUAACUCCCUUCCUGUUCCCGCAGCGCGCACAGUCUGGAUCUAUGCUGCAGUCGGGCUGUGCGUGCCUCACAGCCUGAAGCUUGCACACGUUGAGCUUAGUAUUAAAAUUGACAUUAUCGUUCUACUGGUGGCUGUCCGUCUCCUCAGGGCGCUUUUCUCCGCGUGGAUACCGCUGGUUCAGGCUUUAGAUAUGUGCGCACAGGAUGACGAGAACCACUUCCCUCUCCGCAGAAGUAAAAUAAAAUAGGCUUUCACACGCACUGGAUUUACUCGUGUCAUUCCAUAUGAAGAAGUCAAAAAGUUGGAUACACGUCUGUGUCCGUUUCCUGCUGUUCAUCACGCUUGGGGUGCAUUCAGCUACACUUGAAGUUACCGCAGUGACUGAUGACACUCAUGUAUUACUUCCUACUUUGAAACAAAAUAUUCCAAAAGAUUACAAAAUUCCUGUACUUUACAUUCCAAAAGAAGUGGCUGGGAUGUGUUGGGUGAAAUUAAAUAUUUUCAACUUGGAGCAGAGUUUACAAAACUUAGCCAAUAAGUUUGGAAACAUUUCAGCUAAUAAAGAUCAUAUUAAUUUAGUCAUCCAAUAUCUUCAUGACGUGAGAAUAAAAAUCAGCAACGACUUGGAUGAGGAAAUGAUUGAUUUUGAGUGUCACUACAGCAAAGAGAGUUGGGCAACAGCGCAAUACUUUGAGUUUGUCAAAGAACUCUACAGAGCUGCACAUUAUGAAGACUUUUCAUAUGAAUGUGAUCCUCCUCCGUGUCCCAGCACACCACCAACAGACCUGGACAACCUUCCAUCUGAGUCAACCACUCCCUUGGAACCACCUGCUAACAAGAGUAAAAGCUCUUUACAAACAACUAAAUGUUUUCCAAUAGACUGCCCGUCAUCUCAAGGUACACAAGGAGGAGACGUUUUUGACUUGGUGAAGCUGAUUCUUCCCUCCUUAAUGUUCGUUCCACUCCUUGCGCUCGUCCUUCUGCUGGUGUGGAAGGUCAAAUCAAGAAGAAACAGACAGGAUCGUUCACAGAAUCCUGGAGAAGAACUCUUCACAAGCACAGAAGGGAUGACAUCUCCACUAAAUGCUGAAACACCAGAAAAAAUUAUACUGAACGUGAUUGAAACUGUGUAAAGUUUUGCCCAUUAACGUAAAGUUGGGUUCUACUCUUUACUUCAGUCGGUGUCUAAAGGUGAAAAACAAACCCAAAGCCGAGAACUGCUGUGACAUGGCAGAGGUGAAGGACUUUUUGUUGACUACCCUUCACAUUCAUGGUGGGAAACCGCCUACGCCAUUACAUGAGUUGACUGGUUUGAUUGAACCCGAUACCGUUCGAGUACUUGCCUUUCUCAUAAGACUAUAUUAACCCCAUGCUUUCGAAAGUGACAAAGCUCUAGCUGAUAACCUGCAACCUUCCAACCCUGCACCUCCAAGCCCUGGAUUGUCUGGCUCCGAAAGGUCAUCCAUCAGAACCUGCUGCUUCUUCAACCCUGUAGGGAAAACUGCUUAUUUAUCAACUUGUUUUUCAAGUCUCCUGUUGAUUUAAGGCUUCUUCUUCAAAGAGCAAAGCUGAGAGUGAUUGCUGCCCGGGACAUCUUUUAGGAACUGAGACAUGAUUUACUACCUCUGGUGACCCACAUGUCAACCACAUCAUCAACAGUUUCCUAGUUUCGUCUAAGCCUGAGAUUUUCCAAAGGAAUAUUAGUGUUAAUCCUCAUAGUUCCAACGUUUAGCCUGGUUUAAAUAUGUUCCCAAAGGGUUGCGUAAUGAUGUACUUAUUUAUUGAUGGCACUCAGCUGCUGCCGUACCUGCAGCAAAAUUGUUUGAAGCAAUCUUUUAAGAGCACCUUUACUCAUGGGUCACAUUUAAAGAAGAAUUUGUCUACUAACACAUUGUAGACCUGAAAACACCAUCUUUUUUUUUUUUUUUUAACCCGCACCUGGUUCCUAUCUCCAUCAGUCACUGUGGUGGGGUGCACCCUGGACAAGUUGCAAGUCCAUUAAAGGGCUGAAAACACAUUCUGCCUGAAAAGAUUACUUUUUCUUGUACAUUGCUGUUGGAAUAUAUGAUUCUGGCAAUUCUGAAGGUGUAAAUUAAUAACAAAAAGUAAAAAAAA